ACAGACGCACACAGACGCACACAGACGCACACAGACCUUCUCACACGACACGCUCACAUCUCUGAGAAGCGAUCGCUGAAAAAAAAGAAGAUGGGGAAAAUCAACGGAUGCCUGAAAUGCCUUUUUAUCUUCUUCAACGUGCUGUACGCAAUCCUCGGAUGUGUGCUGAUCUUCCUCAUGGCAAAGGCCACCACCUUCAGCAACCAGCUGGCGGGGACUGGAGCCACGAGCCUGGGUUGGGGUUGGCUGUUUGCGAUCGCCGUCUUUGGGAUCGCCGGCCUUGGAAUCUACGCGGGAUGUUCAGAGAAUGGCAUCGCCCUCAAAAUAUUUGCAGGCUUCAUGGCGGUUGGAGUGAUCAUCAUGCUGAUCUGUGGCAUCCUUGUGGUUGUCGGACGAAACAAGGUCAGGAAAGAACUUGACACCACCUCUGCUGAGGUGGUUAAGCCCUACUUAAAGGACCAGUCCUUGAGAGAAAUGAUGGGUGGACUGCAGAUAAUGGGCCGGUGCUGCGGAGUGGUGAGCGUUGAGGACUGGGAUGGCAACAUCCCCGCCAGCUGUGAGUGCCAGCCUCAAAACAGAGCCGCAAGUCUACCCUUUGGAGGAUAUGUACCCGGAUGUAGAUCCAAGCCUCAGGGAGCCUCAGGCCCAGACCAAAUCUAUGAACAGACAUGCGGGGAUUUUAUCUUCUCGUGGUUCAACUUCGUCUGCAAGAUCAUGAUGGGCUUCUUCUUCGGACUGGCUGUCACGGCUGUGCUUGGCCUGCUGGUCUCCCUCCUGAUGAACCAUCAGGUCAGACGCCACGAAACAAGAGAUGCAUCCAUCGCAAUGAAGGGCUACUAAAAGAGACCCUUCAGCCAGUCCCCUGCGACCCCUGACCCCCUUCACCUCUGCACUGCCACAGGAGGACUCAGUGGUCAUCGCGUGACGUCCUCUUUGCUUCUUUAAUGUAUUUUCUGGCUUUUAGGGGGCAGGAUGCGCUGCAGACAGAGAAUCUGAGGGUUUUCUUUACUUCCAGCUUUCCAUAUAAGAGAAUGCGGCUUGAACAGCAUAUAUAUAUUUUUUUUUUUGGGGGGGGGGGGGAUACUUGUGUUGGUUGGCAGUGUUAUACUAUACCUGCCUGUGCAGCUUUAUUAACCCAGGGAGGUACCUUUGGAAAGCUAUUACAGUUUGAACAAUCUUCUUGUUUUCCAUCUUAAUCGCCGGUCACAUGAGGAAAUAGCAAAGAAAAACCAACGCCUUCAAUUUUCCUUCUGGUCAACAGUAAAUUGAAUUUGUAAAGUAAAGUGAAUUUGAGGGUUCACCAAAGUCAUUCUUGUAGGAAAAUGUGCAUAAAUAGAGUUCAUUGAUUUAGUGGGUUCAGUGGGUUCAGAGAUUUAUUUACAGUCACAGAUCGUAAAAUGAUCAUAUCAAUAUUUAGUUCCAGAGCUCAGCCUACUUCAGCACUAUAGCUUGGCUGUUCAGCUCUUGUUCCAGAAAUUGCUAGUUUUACUUUUACCUUAAUUCAACCAAUUCAAGAACCUCAACUCAAAAUAACCUCAUAUUUCUGAAUGGUUUUUAAAAGAAAAGUCACAGAACCACCUCCUGGAGUUAAACAAAUUGUAUAUGUAUUUUGAUAAAAAUAAACAAUAGACUUUUA